AUGCCACCCAAAAGAUACUCCGCCAAGCGAUCCAGCCAGGCUGCUCCCUCUCAGUCCCAGGCUCCUAGACCUUCGCAGGUGCCGAGAACUACACAAGCUCCUCGAGCACCGCAAGCCUCUGGUAGUCUUACCCAGAGAAGGCGAAGAGUAAUCGAAGAAGAAGACGAAGACGACGAGCCAGAGCAGGAGGGUGGAGAGAAUGGCGAAGGCGACGAGGGAGGAGAAGCUGAACUCGAGCGCCGAAUAGCUUUGCUUGUCAGAUUGGCACUCUCUGUUGAGCAUGCCAAGGGCAGUUUAAGAAGAGAUCAAAUUAACAAAAUCGUCUUUCCAAACGGCGGUCGCACUUUCAAUGCCGUCCUACGAGGCGCAAAUCACAAUUUGCGCAAGGUGUUUGGACUUGAAAUGGUCGAGCUGAUGACACGUGCGGAAAGGGACAAAGUCGGUGCGGGUGAGGGCGAAGAUGAAGACGAUGAUGAACGGACUGCAACUGGGAGGAAGAAGAAUAAAGUCGGAGCAUCAUCCAAAACAUAUAUUAUUCGCUCCGCGCUCGAUCCCGCCCUUGUCACACUCGCGAAUAAACCAGAUGCUGAUCUUAGUGCGGCUGGGGACCUUGAUCUCGAACGUCUCAAUUCAAAAAACAAGACCGUCAAUCCUGAUGAAGAAGAAACGGUCGCUGCCGCCUCACGAGCUGGAACCUCUAUUCUGGGUUGGGAUGUCGGAGGCGAGGGAGAGGGCGACUGGUACAGUGUGAUGUCUAUCCUACUGGGACUAAUAUUGGUCAAUGGGAGAAGUGUUGCAGACAACACUCUCAGAGCAUUAAUUAAGCCACUUGGUCUAACACCGAAUGCUGAGAUGUUCGUCCCGAUCUCAAACCACCGUCGUCGGAUGAAAUUCCCCGAGUUUCUCGCACAUCUCACCAAGUUGGGGUACCUCGAGCGUGCACGCGCUACUCUAGCCAUGGCCGGUACGCAGCAGCCAAAGAAGCGAGGGCGUCAAUCUCAAGCUGCUGCCGUGGACGACGACGACGAUGGAAGUGCGAUAGAAUGGAAAUGGGGUAGUCGAGCACAUGCUGAAAUGGGAGAAAAGGCCGUGGCAGAGUUCAUGGUCGAUUUUAUGGUUGAACGGGCGAUCAAGGACGCAGCUAGGCAGCUCAGACGGAAUGGUCAAACCCAGGGCGGGGAUGAAGACGAAGAAGACGAAGAAGCUAAUGUUGGGAGGACGGAGAGGAACGAACGAGCAAAGGACAAGGCCGCGUUGGAGGCUCGAGCAGAGAAGAUGCGGGAGGCCAUGAUGCGGGAUGUAGAACGAUCGGCUGGUGGGCAUUUGAGUGACGCUGGGAAGGGUGUUCCUACCAGUUAG